AUGUCCAAUACCGCAGCUAGUUUUCUGCUUCCAACAAAGUCUUACACCAAUGCUGGAAGAGGCGUUGCUCCGGGAGUCGAUUCCGGAACCGAGGCCGGUGCAGCUGGCGACAGCUCGAAAAAUUCAAUCACCCUGUCGACAGGAGGCAUGAUUGCCAUCAUCAUUGUUGUAGUCGUCGUUGUUAUUAUUGGUGUGUCCACCGCCAGUCUAUUCUUCAUCGCCAAGAAGCGGGAAUGGAAAGUCCGCGAAACCCUUCGACGAUCGGCACGAAGAGUGGCUACGGCCCUCACCCCACGCAGGUCACAAUUCCCGGAGUCGGUCAAACGCUCCGUCGCAGCACCAAAAUCAAGCCGCCUGCAGACAGCAGACAGCAGAGACGGUAUAGUAAAGAUAUCCACCGAAGAUCUGGAGAAGGGAAUCGCUCAAAAAGAAAAGGGAAAGAAAUCGCGAAGAUAG